UAUCAUAUACUUUAACCGACAUGUUCAUAUAUUUCCCAAUCCGUCACUCCGAAAUCAUAACUUUGGCGUUUCUAGGGCUAAAUCAUUCGUCUCGUAACCCUAAUACAUUCGAUCAGAUUUUAAGCUACGUUGCGUUCGUUUCGUUGAUCUGCCCGGGAAGAAGUUUGCACAAUGGGAAAGAGGAAGUCGAGAGCAAAGCCGCCACCUAAGAAGCGGAUGGAUAAACUCGACACGGUGUUUAGUUGCCCCUUUUGCAACCAUGGAACCAGCGUUGAAUGCCGUAUUGAUAUGAAGAACUUGAUUGGUGAGGCGUCUUGCAGAAUUUGCCAGGAGAACUUCAGCACUACUGUCACAGCUUUGACAGAGCCAAUAGACAUAUAUAGUGAGUGGAUUGAUGAAUGUGAACGUGUUAACAACGUUGAUGAUGAUGGGGUCCCUGUUGAAGAUGAUAUUGAUUAGAAACCAAGUAUGAAUGUUUAGAGAAAUCUGCUUAUGCACUAUGAUUUCGUAUUUCAUGAACCUGAGACCUAAUCACUACUUGUAGGUCGAACUUAGAUUGGGAACCUGUUGAUGGCCUAAUCGUAUAAAUAUUAAAAAAUAAACAAGUUUGUAAAUAUUUAGUCGUAUUAUCUUGAACUA